AUCUUGAUGGGGAAGCUGAUCUCCAAAGGCUGGAGGAAAAGAGAUGCUCGGGUUAUCAUGCUGGGGCUCGACUUUGCUGGCAAAUCCACCCUUCUGUGCAAACUGAAGAGCAGCCAGGCUGUGGAGACCUGCCCCACGGUGGGAUUCAAUGUGGAGUCUCUGAAGACACCCUGUGGCGUAUCCUUCACCCUCUGGGAUGUUGGUGGACAAGACAGCCUGCGGGCCAGCUGGCCAAACUACCUGGAGGACAUCAACACCCUCGUCUUCGUGCUUGACAGCUCAGACAUGGCCCGGCUGGCCGAAGCAAUGGCAGCACUGGAGGAGGCCCUGAGCCACCCCGGUAUGGCUGGCAUCCCUGUGCUCCUUCUGGCCAACAAGCAGGAUGUGCCAGGAGCGCUGGCACCUGCCAAGCUGGGGGAGAUGCUGCGGCUGGGGGGGCUGGCAAGGCACCGCUGGAUGCUCCGGGGGUGCAGUGCCCACACUGGUCAGGGCCUGCAAGAAGUCCUGGCCAUCCUGGGAAUGCUGCUGCGGGGCUCAGAGCAGAGCUCCCUAUCCCAGGAGCAGCCCAUCACGGGGCUGGCAGAGAGGAGGCAAGCUCCAGAGCAAACCUGA